AAAAUGAAAGCAGCAAAAGAAAACCAUCAACCAACCAAAAGGUGUUCAGUUUGUUCUCUUCGCUAAUCUGAUGGUGAAAACUGAAAAGAAAAAAGUGUUUUCCCUUUUUUGCCUCGGAUUUGUGUGAAUAUUUUUCCUCAGAAACCUUUGAAAAACAAUCAACGUAUAUAUUUUUUCAUGUUUCAAAUGUUAUCCCUGGAGGAAUAGACAGUGAAACGGAGUUUUGUGAAUUUCUAAGAGCCCUUCUGUAGUGAAACGAAAUAAUCACAAAACGGAAAGUCCGUGUCCGAGAAAGUGGCAUAUCGAAGCUGCUUUCACGCGAUCUUGCCUAGUUCCUAGGUGACAAUCCUUCCGCUGUACCAGGAUUAAUCUUUAGAAAUACUGUGAAAUAAUCGGUGACCGAAACGAUUUUGUGCAAUCUCGAUUUUUUUUCCUCUGCUUGUCACGCAAACAUGGCGGAUCAAACAAAUCAGAACUCCACACAGGAAUCAUUGCGAACGAGAUUCUUACCGCUUGAUAUGAACAAUGCCAACUGUGACCGGAAGAGACCCUCAAAGAAGCUUAGUUUUCAACCAAGCCCAGUCGUCACGGCACGAACCCCUCCGCUGUCGGACCGUACCAGAGACCGAAUAAAGAUGCAAGCGACUGGGAAACUACAAAUAACACCAAAUGCAAUUUACGACUUCACUGCCGAUGAUCUGACGGAUGAGGGCGAAAUCGGUCGGGGUGCCUUCGGGGCUGUCAACCAGAUGAAGUUCAACCGAACAGGGACGGUGAUGGCCGUGAAGCGCAUCCGCUCGACGGUCGACGAGAAGGAACAGAAGCAACUGCUGAUGGAUCUGGAAGUGGUGAUGAAGUCCAACGACUGCAAUACGAUCGUCACGUUUUAUGGGGCACUGUUCAAGGAAGGCGACUGCUGGAUAUGCAUGGAGUUGAUGGACACGUCGUUGGAUAAGUUUUAUAAAUUCAUCUGUGAAUGCCGGCACUCUCGGAUUCCGGAGCCGAUUCUGGGCCAGAUCACGUUGGCUACGGUGCGGGCGCUGAACUAUUUGAAGGACGAGCUGAAGAUCAUUCACAGAGAUGUCAAACCGAGUAAUAUUCUGCUUAAGCGAAACGGUGGCAUAAAACUGUGCGAUUUUGGUAUCUCAGGCCAGCUGGUGGACUCGAUUGCACGGACUAAAGACGCUGGUUGUCGACCCUAUAUGGCACCCGAGCGAAUCGAUCCGCAGCGCGCCAAAGGAUACGACGUGCGAAGUGACGUAUGGUCGCUCGGUAUUACUUUGAUGGAGGUGGCUACUGGAAAGUUUCCUUAUCCAAAGUGGGGAUCCGUGUUUGAACAACUGGCACAGGUUGUCGAAGGAGAUCCUCCAAGACUAUCCCAGUCAUACAAUGAUAUGGAAUUUUCGCAAGAAUUUGUAAAUUUUGUAAACACUUGCCUAAUAAAGGACGAGAAGGAUCGGCCGAAGUACGGAAAGCUGCUGCAGCACCCGUUUAUUCAGCGUGCCGAGAAGAGCCACACCGACGCGUCGGUAUAUGUGAGCGCGAUACUGGAAUCGAUGGCCAACAAUGGCAUCACACAGUUCACCACGAACCUGCCGGCAGAGGGUUGGAACGACAGUUUCAACUAGGAGAGCUUGAUCGCCACCCAGCGAUGGGUAGGUGCCGGUUAUUUCUAUUGAACUACUAUGUACUAAAAACUGCUAGUGGAGGGUGCGCUGCGUUACAGGAUUACAGGAUGCAGUGGAAUAGACGUUAGUUAUUACAUAAUUUGAGGAAGAGUGUAUGCGAUUAUGAGUGGUGCGAAGUGAUGGUACCCUGAUGUAGGGGUAGAAAGGCAAGAUGGAUGAUGUUUAUGAUCUCCUGAGAAGUAAUCGUUCAGCUGCAUUUAGCAACAAUCUUUAUUUUCAAAAUUGUUUUUUUUUUUAAUUUCGUUUAUGUACUUCAAAAAGCAUUGGAGCCUACUAUUUUUCAUGUUUUUUUUUAUAUUUUUAUUGAUGUAUUGUAUGUUCAAAAAUGUAUUCCUCUACCUACAGUUCAAACGGACUGAAAACGAAAAAAAUCAAUUCAUAAAUCAAUUCAAUCAAUUACGUCUUUCUCCCUAAUGGAAAUAAAAAAAAUCCAUCUCCAUGUAAUUUUUAGUCUCACAUCGCAAACCAAUGGGUUUAACGAGUGUUUAAUUUUUUAUUCUUCAUGGAUCUAACAAUUCUAGCAGAAAAAUGACAUUGGGAAUGGGAACAGUAUAAAUGACCUAGAUAUUGAUUUUUUGAUUUAGUGUUGAACGAUGUUGGAUAUUGGUUUAAUUAAUCUUGCGUCAAUGGAUAGCAUCUUGCCUUUCUACUCCUUAGUGAUAUCAAACUUGUUUUGUGAUCUUUUAGGUUUUUAGUUUGGUAUCGGCUACAUAAAAGAAUCCGAUGGUUGAAAGUGAUGAUGGUGUGACGAAGACAAUAAAUUGUCUCCCAAUGUUCUUUUGUUCUGGGUCGUUGUAUAAUUCGAUUCGUUUGAAAUGGGCGGAAAUUACUGCGAAGUGUGGAGUGAAUGUUAUUAUAAUAUGUGUGAUUGUGCUAUCCUUAACGUGAUUGAUCCGUAGAGAUUUAAUAAUUUUUAAAUAAAGUAAUAUAUUAUAAUUAAUCAGUGAUUGAGAAGGAAAAGUGAUUAAGAUUAAAGAAAACCGAAUUAAAAAGAUGCAUUGAGGUAUACACGUUAGACGUGACAAGAGAUGGAAAGUAACUAGUUGUUGUUAGUUGUUGAAUAAAUCAAUUGAUUUUGAAUACUAAUAGUCGCUUUUUAGAAACGAAACGUUUGUGAGAAUAAAAAUACCUUAAACUGCUGUAAAAGUUUAUUGAGUCAGAGAAAGGAUCUUUCUAAGUAGCAUUGAACAAGUCCUUAAAUAACAUUUUUUUAAUCUAAUUCCUUGUAGAAUCGAUCAUAGUAUCCCAGGAACGAAAGUUCACAUUAAAUACAACUCGAAACUACUGCAGCUGGUUUUGUUCCUGCUUGAAAUGCACUUCCGAAUCGCUUAACAAAUAAGUAAAAGUUGCUCACUCUAUAAUAAUCGCUCGCUUGAACUUAUACCCUCUUGCCUUAACAAAUAAAAACAAAACUUCUGCUGCUAAUACACUUUUAUACAAAAAUUUAUGCAGUAGUUGUCAUCAAACAUGCUACCACUUUAAGUUCAAAUUAGGCAUAGAAUCAUCUGACUGAUUUCCAGUUUUAUUAUUCCAACUUUUCUUCCUCGAGACAGAAAAUAAUGUCUUAGUAACGUGUAAGCACUGCUCUAUUUCUAUCAAACCUCAAAUGUUAAGAAAUUGGUUGCUUUGUGGCUACAGGGAAUGUGCUCCCUUUCUCAAUGAGCUUAUCACCAAACAAAAACACACAAAACACACCCAAGAACACUACGAUUAAUAAAUAAUCUACUAUUGAAAAUGAAGGAAAAACUAACUGAAAAAAAGUUUUAAACUUGUGAAAAGGAAUUGUCCGAGAGUAUAAAAAACACAUAUAUAGAUUCGAAGGGAAAAUAAGUCAGUCAGUCAGGAUAGGGAUACAUGAAGUUAGAACACAACAAUUUGUAUUAGAUGAAAUGAUUUUCUUUUCUGUUGAUAGGGCAUACCAAAUUAACUUUACACAAACAAACACUCUCAUACACUAGGUCAAAAUAUGUAGUAGUUCUUUCGGUCGGUGAACGUUCUAACUCUGAGAGGUACCAUUGCACACCGUACCGUCAAGUCAAUACCUAGCUCGAGUGAGGUGUUUGGAAACUUCAAGCCAUCCUGUAGAAGAAAAGAUAGAGGUUAACAGAAACCGAGACAUACGGGGACAUAAAAAUAAACCACAAUGCAAUAUUAGAGAA